AUGCCAUUCUCAUAUCAUAAUAAGCAGGACAAAGAAUCCAGCUGGAGGGAACGUUGGGGCGUGAAGUUCAGGUGGACACCGCAGCAUCUCACGCCAACAGACCUGCAACCAAUGAUUCAUACAUACGACACACUCGCCACUGAAGCUGCGGAACAUUUAGACUAUAUGUCCUCUCGCUUUUCCGAUGUUGGGUUUUCUGGAGAGGGCAACGGCACAACGCAGGCAGAGGAGAGGCCCAGGAGGGACCUCUAUGAGCUGCUACAACAGUGUGCGGCGAACGAUCAUGAUACGGGGAGAUUAUGGAAGGAGAUUAAUACCGUCCCAGACUGGGUCGACUGGGAACAGAUAGAAAGGGGCCAAAGAGUGUUCUACCGAUACGGAGGCCCGACUAUCACUGCCUUGACCUUCAUGUCCUUGCUAGGGGGUAUGGGAAGUGGGAGAACCGUUGAGACCCUCAACCGUACUGGUGGGUUCAGUGCUGACGUUGUUAGACGCCGGCUGCUAGAAACACUACAGCAUACUCUACACGUGACCCAGGACUUGGAAUCCAUUAAGCCAGGAGGUGACGGUUUCGUGGACUCGGUUCGCGUUCGGCUGCUCCACGCGGCAGUGCGGCGGCGCGUUUUACAGAUAGCAGCAGUGAACCCUUCAUACUACAACGUGGAAUCCCUCGGCAUUCCGAUCAAUGACCUCGACUGCGUAGGUACCAUCAACACGUUCUCGGCAACAGUGAUAUGGAUGGGUCUCCCACGACAAGGGAUCUGGCUGCGGAAGCAGGAGAUUACCGACUACCUCGCGCUCUGGCGGUACGUUGCGUAUCUGAUGGGUGCGCCUCACGAGUGGAUGUCUACGCCGGCGUCAGCAAGGCGCAUGAUGGAGUCGUUGCUGGUAGCGGAGAUUCAGCCUACCGCGGUAUCUGCAACCCUCGCUAAUAACAUCAUCUCUGGUCUCCAGUGCCAACCGCCUACGUAUGCCUCGCGACAGUUCAUGUGUGCAAUGACGUACUGGCUCAACGGCAGAGAACUGUCAGAGGCUUUGGAAAUCGAGCAUCCGAGCAUGUAUUACUCAGUUCUCCUGGCCCGCAAAGCCCUCCACAAGGUGCUUCUCCACGACAAGUCCCAAGGCGGCCUAGGCUACACUGCCCGGUUCAACCUGAAAUUCAUCCCUUCCCUCGACCGACCGUCGACAGUGCGCGGUUCCGUACCCCCGGAGUCGCGGAAGAACAACAACACUAAGUCUAGUAGUAGCGUCGAGCGCACGGCUUUGGUUACGCUGCUCGCGUCAGCAGCUCUCUUUGGUGCUUCCGCGUGGUGCUGCGUUAGAGUAGGGAAGUGGGUAAUUAGUUGGGCAGGCUCUUCGGGGAAUGCUAAGAGGUUUCUCUGA